AUGCCUUCUCAUUUCGAUACUAUUCAAUUGCACGCUGGUCAAGAAGACCCAAGCGAACACUCUAACAGACCAAGAGCUGUCCCCAUCUAUUCUACCACAUCAUACGUUUUUGAUGAUUCUAAACAUGGUUCCCAACUAUUUGGUUUAGAAACUCCUGGUUAUAUCUAUUCCCGUAUUAUGAACCCAACUGCAGACGUUUUCGAAAGAAGAAUUGCAGCUCUUGAAGGUGGUGUUGGUGCGUUGGCGGUUUCAUCCGGUUUGGCAGCUCAAACUCUAGCAAUUACCGGUUUAGCUCAUGCUGGUGAUAACAUCGUCUCUACAUCAUACCUUUACGGUGGUACUUACAACCAAUUCAAAAUCGCUUUCAAGAGAUUUGGUAUCGAAAGUAGAUUCAUUGAAGGUGAUGAUCCAAGUGGUUUAGAAGCACAAAUUGAUGAAAGAACAAAGGCCGUUUAUCUAGAGACCAUCGGUAACCCAAAAUACAAUGUUCCUGAUUUUGAGAAGAUCGUUGCCAUUGCUCAUAAACAUGGUGUCCCAGUUGUGGUUGAUAACACUUUCGGUGCCGGUGGUUACUACUGUCAACCAAUUAAACACGGUGCUGAUGUCGUUGUUCACUCCGCAACCAAAUGGAUUGGUGGCCACGGUACUACAAUUGGUGGUGUUAUCGUUGACUCCGGUAACUUCCCAUGGAAGGAAUACCCAAAGAAAUUCCCACAAUUUUCUGAACCUUCUGAAGGUUACCAUGGUUUAGUUUUUAACGAAGCAUUGGGUAACCAAGCAUUCAUUGGUCAUGUUAGAGCUGAAUUGCUAAGAGAUUUGGGUCCUUCACUAAGUCCAUUUGCAGCUUUCCUACUCCUACAAGGUUUAGAAACUUUAUCCUUAAGAGCAGAAAGACAUGCUUCUAACGCACUAAAAUUGGCUCAAUGGUUAGAGAAGUCUCCUUACGUCUCAUGGGUUUCUUACCCAGGUCUACCAAACCACUCUCAUCAUGCUAAUGCAAAGAAAUACUUGACAAAUGGUUUCGGUGGUGUCCUAUCCUUCGGUGCAAAGGAUUUACCUGAUAACCCAGAGGAAAAGGAAAAUCCAUUCAAAGCUGCUGGUGCUCAAAUCAGCGACAACUUGGAGCUGGCUUCUAACCUUGCAAACGUCGGUGAUUGUAAGACUUUGGUUAUUGCACCUUAUUUCACUACUCACUUGCAAUUAAACCAUGAAGAAAAAUUGGCUGCAGGUGUCUCCAAGGAUUUGAUCCGUGUCUCUGUUGGUACAGAAUUCAUCGACGAUAUUAUUGCAGACUUUGAACAAUCUUUCAAGAAGGUUUACGGUGACAAAAAACCAUGA